AUGUUUGUUGUAUUGAAAUAUUAUAGAAAGACAACACUGGUAAUGAAAAACAAGACGGUUGAAAUGAGGUUUUCACCUUCACUUAAGUGCAACCUAAAUAAACAUGGAUUAAUGUCGAGACACCUAUCCAAUCUAACUCGUACUGCAUUCAAAAUUUUGUUUUUUUUCUCUUACUUAGAAAGUCAAAGAACUCAUCUCUACUACAAGAGCAACGGUUAUACAGAUUUUGUUUCGGAAAAGCGAUUGGAAUUUGAAGAUAAAAUAGAGUUUGGGUCCCAAGGGAUCAGAACGAUUUGGUUUUAUUUGGGGAAAGGUUUAUUUUUUAAUAUGUGUAGAUACGUUGAAUACGCCCACGAAAAUAUUUCAUUAGUUUGGCAAUCCUUCUUACUUAGCCGUUGUGGUCUCCUAAUUUAUUGUGAAAGACAAAGAGAUUUUUACCGUUUCGCCAUAGCACUGGCAAAUAAACAGAAACGAGCGGGAGCGAUAAAUAACCGAGCAGUAAACAAAAGGGUAGCAAGGCAAGUGAUGUUACGCCCUUGUAGGGUGAAAGAAAAAAUGGGUGAGACUGAAGAACAAUACGCUAUUCUAUUUCAGUUGAGCUUUCAGAGCAACAAAAGCCUCUACACAAGAUGGGAUUGCGAUAAAAGGGGAACCUAA